AUGGAUUCAUCAUCUUCCUGUCCACCGUUUACUAUGCAUAAAUGCAAACCUGAGCUAGUGACUCCUUCAAUACCCACUCCCGACGAAACUAAACUAUUAUCUGAAAUAGAUGAUCAAAACUACCUUCGUUUGCAUUAUUCAAUAAUACAAAUCUAUCAAAAUGAAUCAUCAAUGGCGAAUAAAGACCCAGUAAGAGUGAUUCGGCAGGCACUGGCACAAGCACUGGUUUUCUAUUACCCAUUUGCAGGUAGGCUUAGGGAGGGUCGUGGCCACAAAUUAAUGGUGGAUUGCACCGGAGAGGGUGUCAUGUUCAUUGAGGCUGACGCUGACGUAACACUGGAUCAGUUUGGUGACAAUCUUCAACCUCCAUUCAUACACUCUAAGGCAUUUAUGUGUGACGUUGCAGAAUCCGAAGAUAUUAAAAAUUUGCCUCUUCUACUCAUCCAGGUGACAAGACUCAAGUGUGGUGGUUUCGUGGUGUCGACAGGGUGGAACCACGUGAUGGCAGACGGAGCUGGUUUGUCACAGUUCAUGCAAGCAUGGGCUGAAAUGGCUCGAGGUAUAAAGACUCCUUCCAUUUCACCUCUCUGGAGAAGGGAGCUUCUAAUGGCAAGAGAUCCACCUCGCAUUACAUGCAACCAUCGUGAAUACGACCAAAUCCAUGACGACAACCUCAAUUCUCCCGACCUGGUUCAUCGAUCAUUCUUCUUCGGACCUGCUCAGAUGGCUGCCCUUCGUGGUUUGCUUCCCCGUCAGCUUCGACAGUGCACCGCAUUCGAUCUCAUCACGGCAUGCUUCUGGCGUUGUCGCACAAGAGCGAUGCAAAUAGACGCAGACGAGGAUGUUCGCAUGAUGUGCAUCGUGAACGCGCGUAACAGGUUCCGUCCUCCGUUGCCUGUUGGUUACUACGGCAACGCUUUUGCAUACCCCGCCGCAAUGACCACCGCGGGAAAGCUCUGCGCAAAUCCGUACGCAUAUGCGGUGGAGUUGAUUCACAAGGUGAAGGGUGAGGUGACAGAGGAGUAUAUGCAUUCGGUGGCGGAUCUAAUGGUGCUUAAGGGACGGUGCAUGCCGACAACGGUAAGGUCUUGUUUGGUGUCAGACCUGACUCGUGCUAGGUUUAGGGACGUUGAUUUUGGAUGGGGCAAGGCUUUGUCUGGUGCACCAGCCAAAGGUAGCACUGGACCCUUUUACGGAGGAACACACAUUGUGUCGUAUAAGAAUUCGAAAGGAGUAGAUGGGUUGGUGUUACCAGUUUGGAUGCCCGCAGAAGCCAUGUCCAUGUUCGUGAAAGACAUGGAAGAUAUGAUUAGUGGCAACCAAAACCAGCAGAACCACCCUACAAAAGCUGCUUCUUUUAUCAGGUCUACCAUGUAG